AUGGUAGAGUCGUUAGCGUCGCCACUGAUUGGCCCAUGCUCUAGCGACGCUGUUUCCAGCAAGGGAAAGGCGUCGCGGUGCCGCGCGCAACCAGCGAUGGGGUCGCAAUUAUCGGGGGAAAAGGAGCGCCUCACGCAGGGAGCUCCGCUUUCGCAUGAGGAUUCGGCGCACGAGCAGUUUGAGAAGAGUCACGGGCCGCACGGCCAGAAGCUGACGCUGCUGCCGCUCAUCGCGCUCAUCUUCUUCGAGGUGUCCGGCGGGCCAUACGGCGUGGAGGACGCCGUGAAGUACGGCGGGCCUCUGCUUGCCAUCCUAGGCUUCACCGUCUUCCCCCUCAUCUGGAGCGUGCCAGAGGCCCUGACCACCGCAGAGCUAGGAACAGCCUUCCCGGAGAACGGGGGCUACGUGGUGUGGGUGUCAGCGGCGUUUGGCCCCUUCUGGGGCUUCCAGGAGGGGUGGUGGAAGUGGCUGAGUGGCGUGAUAGACAACUCGCUCUACCCGCUGCUCUUCCUCGACUACUUGAAGCGCGAGCUCCCUGUGUUUGGCGGAGGCCUGCCUCGCAUGGCGGCACUGCUUGCCAUGACUCUGGUGCUGACGUACGUGAACUACCGCGGGCUGACGAUAGUGGGCGCCACUGCCAUCGCGCUGGCAGUGUUCGGGCUGCUGCCCUUUGUGGUGAUGGCGCUGCUCGCCAUCCCCAAGAUCCAACCCGCCCGCUGGCUGGUGGUGGAUCUGAACCGCGUGCAGUGGCGGGGGUACUUCAACACACUCUUCUGGAACCUCAACUACUGGGACUCCGUCAGCACGCUAGCAGGCGAAAUAGAGGAGCCGAAGCGCACCUUCCCGCGGGCGCUGAUGGGGGCGGUGGUGCUGGUGGUGGUGUCGUACCUCGUGCCCCUGCUUGCAGGCACAGGCGCCGUGCCAUUCUCCCCGGACGGCUGGGACGACGGGUAUCUGGCCGUGGUGGGUCGCGUCAUCGGGGGCGGCUGGCUCGCCUGGUGGAUUGCUUGUGCCGCUGCGCUGUCCAACAUGGGCGCAUUUGAGGCGGAGAUGAGCAGCGACGCGUUUCAGCUGCUGGGGAUGGCGGAGCGAGGCCUGCUGCCCGAGGUCUUCACGUACCGGUCGCGGCACGGCACGCCCGUGCUGGGCAUCGUGUGCAGCGCCACGGGCAUCGUGCUGCUGUCGUGGAUGAGCUUUCAGGAGAUCGUCGAGUUCCUCAACUUCCUCUACUGCUUCGGCAUGCUGCUUGAGUUUGCCGCCUUUGUGGCGCUCCGGGUCACGCAGCCUGACCUGAACCGGCCGUACAGGGUCCCCGUGGACACCAUGGGAGCAGCGCUGCUGUGCCUGCCGCCCUCCCUGCUGCUCGUUCUCGUCAUGGCCCUCGCGUCCUGGCAGACAGUCAUUGUCAGCUCCAUAGCAGCUGUGGUGGGGCUGCUGAUGUACCCGCUGCUCAUGUGGGCGAAGCACCACGGCGUGCUCAAGUUCACUCAGGACCCGGGCCUGCCAGACGUGGCUCUCAUGGACGAGGAUGACGGCAGUGAGGGCGAGGGCGGGUUUGAUGGGGCGGCAGGCAAGGGAGGGAUGGGGAAGGAGGACGGUGGGGCUGGUGUGCAGGAUUGGGUUGAUGGGGAUGGUGCUGUGGCUGACAGUGAGAAUGGGUUGCUGCUGGGGAAGGAGGGGAGGGAGAAGGGGAGCAGCAAGGUGGUGCCAGCGGAGUGUCCGGGGAAGUCUGAUGGAUCGCUGCGAGCAGGUGCAGGUGAUGUGGUGCUCUCAGCAUGUGAGGGACAGUCGCCUCCUGUCUUGGUGGGAUCGUUGCCUAGUGAUGGGCUGCUUGCGCACCAAGAUGGGCUGUCUGGAGGUGGAGCGAAUGCAAGCCAAGAGCAACAAGGUGGAGUUAAAUCUGAGGCAGCUUCUGAAUCGGACAGCAUGCUGCUGUUGGGAGAUUCUGGAGGUCGCAGAUAG